AAAUAAUAAUAAUAGUAACACUUUGAAAUUUUUUGAAACAGUCCCCACCCACACUACACCUCGCUCCUCCCCUUCCGCGACUCUCCGCCUCCCUUCAAUUGCUCUACCCAUCGCAUCUUUGACGGGGAGAAGGGUCAAGCUCACUGUUUGGCAAUCUAUUCAUCUUCCUUCGCAAAACCCUAAUCCUCCUCUCGUUCUAGUUCCUCUUCCAAGGUGCAGGACUCUUUUUCUAAAUGGACAGCUUAAGCCAGGAAAAAGUUCAAAAGUUUGAAGAAUUUGUUGAUAAGCGCUUGAAACCUGAUCUUCUUCAUGCUAUUGCUCAGCGGGACAAGGUCUUUGAACAACAGAAAAUUUUUGCGGAUUUGCGAAAAAACAUUGAAAACCUAGAGAAGAAUAGUGUAACCAGUCUAAGAACUUUGGUCAAUCUUGGGUCUGAGGUAUACCUGCAGGCAGAAGUGCCCAAUACAGAACACAUAUUUGUGGAUAUAGGAUUGGGAUUCCAUGUGGAGUUUUCUUGGUCUGAAGCUUUGAAAUACAUAGAAAAAAGGGAAGAAAAGAUAGCCAGGCAGAUAGAGGAGUACACUCAGUUAAUUGCAUCAAUUAAAGCCCAAAUUAAGCUGGUUUGCGAAGGGAUUCGGGAAUUACUUCAACUUCCAGCUGAAAAACCCUUACCUGAGCGGAUAUUUUGAUAGUUACUGUCUUACUGAGCACAUACUAUAUAUUAACCGCUGCAGUCACAAUUCCCCAGGAGAAAUACAAGUAUGUGGGAUACUGAACAGGGAUUGAUAUUGAUACAUUAACCGCUGCAGUCACAAUUCCCCAGAGUGUGUUUGCGAACACCCAACUGAUGUAAACAUCCGUUUUUCUAAUACAACAAUUUAUUUCAAAAGUACGUGUAGAUAUACCAAAUUGUUGUUCUGUGAUUUAUAUUCCUGUUGGUUUCCUGUGUUUGGCAUAGUACCAUUAUUCACGCCUCAGUUGCCUUCAUGAGAUAUUCUAAGAUGAUUUUAACUAUGUUAAUUUUGAUUAUAAUAACAAAUUUUCUACACUGCUUUUAUUCCU